GGGGUCAGCCGGUACUGCAGUUUUCAGUGCGUAGCUCGAGCGCGGUGUGGGAUGCGAGACAUGAAGCCGCGCGCACCGAGCACGAGCUCUGCACAAUCCGGGGAUUUAUAAAGGCGUGUGUGUGUGUGUGUACGUGCGCGUGCGCGCGUACGCAGUGUAGAACUUUGCUGCUUUUUGUUGUUUUUUUGCCCUCUGGUGUCGCGAGCAUGGCGGAGCGGAGCGGGCGCGUGAGCUUCCCCGGGAGCAGCGCGCUGAACACCCCGGUCCCGAUGAACCUGUUCGCCACCUGGGAGAUCGACGGGAGCUCCGCGAGCUGUGUGCCCAGGUUGUGUAGUUUGACUCUGAAGAAGUUGGUGGUGUUGAGGGAGCUGGAUAAAGAGCUCAUCUCUGUGGUCAUCGCCGUCAAAAUUCAGGGCUCUAAGCGGAUCCUGCGCUCUCAUGAGAUAAUGCUGCCCCCUACAGGCACUGUGGAGACUGACCUCGCCCUCACCUUCUCUCUGCAGUACCCUCACUUCCUGAAGCGAGAAGGGAAUAAGCUUCAGAUUCUGCUGCAGAGGAGGAAACGUUAUAAAAACCGCACAAUUCUGGGCUACAAGACUCUCGCUGUUGGAUCUGUCGACAUGGCUGAGGUGAUGCAGCAUCCUGCAGAUGGAGGACAGGUUUUGUCUCUGUGCAGUAAUCAGAAGGAGUUGAUGGGAAAAGUGGCAGAAAUCUGGAUUUACUCCCUCUGUAGCCAACCAAUCGACCACGAGGAGGCGGGGCUAAUGAAGAUCAAACGUUCUGAGAAUUACUCAGAGGAAGAGUACGAGAGUUUCUCCUCAGAGCAAGAGGCAAGUGAUGAUGCUGCACACACACAGGAUCUUGAAGAUGAUGAGUUUGAUGUGAGGAAGUCUAAAAAACAGCGACGCUCAAUCGUGAGAACAACAUCCAUCACAAGGCAGCAGAACUUUAAACAGCGCGUCGUCGCUCUGCUCAGACGUUUCCGUGUCUCUGAUGAGGUGCUGGACUCGGAGCAGGACCCCGCGGAGCCGCCGCCGGAGGUGGAGGAGGAUCUGGAAAGUCUGGACUUUGAGAACCCAAGUGACAGUCCAGACCUGGAGGACGAUGACAGUGUACUGAGCACGCCCAAACCCCAGCUCAAGCCAUACUUCGAGGGUGUGUCUCUCUCCAGCUCUCAAACGGAGAUUGGCAGCCUUCACAGCGUGAGGAGUCACAGAGAACCGCCCAGUCCGAUGGAUCCUGAUAAGAUGAAGAUAUCUGGAGGAAAGUUUCAAAUGGAUGAAAUGUCUGAUGGCAUCACUUUUUCGCAGCCUGAAGCUUUGACACCAACCACAGAGCUGGAGAUGAUGGACAACAUGGACUCAUUUUUGGAGAAGCUGCCACCUACAGGCCGGAUGAUCAAAACUGAGUCCCUCAUUAUCCAGUCUAACAGGCAGGAGGUGAAGCAGGUCCGCAGAGGGAGGAGUACAUCACUGAAAGAACGACAGACGAGCCGACCGCCGAAUGAGAGAGCCAACAGUCUGGAUAAUGAACAUCCGCUGCAUACACACUGUCCUCUACAGAUUCCCCGUAAGACGGUGUACGAUCAGCUGAAUCACAUCCUGGUGUCUGAUGAUCAUCUUCCUGACAGCAUCAUCCUCAUCAACACCUCUGACUGGCAGGGCCAGUAUCUGUCUGACGUCCUGCAGAAUCACACUCUCCCUGUCGUGUGUACGUUCACCACAGCUGACGUUCAGGCUGCAUUCAACACCAUCAUCUCACGAAUACAGAGAUUCUGUAACAGUAACUCCAUCACUCCGUCCCCGGUGAAGAUUGCAGUUGCAGGUGCUCAGCAUUACCUGUCGUCUGUGCUCCGCCUCUUCGUAGAUCAUUUGACUCACAAGACUCCUGAUUGGUUGGGCUACCUGCGCUUUCUCAUUAUUCCACUAGGAGCCCACCCUGUGUCUGAAUACUUGGCCAGUAUUGAUUACAGGUAUAACAACCUGUUCAAGGACUCAGCAUGGAGAGAUUUAUUCUACAAACCUGAAGCUCCAGUUAUAGUGCAGGAGAAUCCUGAUGUAGUCUCCAGAGUAACUCAGUACAUGUUGGGAGCAAAUGGAGCAUAUCAGCUGCCCAUAGCAGAGGCUAUGCUAACAUACAAGCAAAAGAGGAAAAAGAGUUUUCAUUUUGAUUUUGCAGUAAGUCCAGACGAAGACUCGUGUCAGAAAUUCAUCCCCUUCAUAGGGAUGGUGAAGGUGGGGCUGGUGGAACAGAGCUCUGCUGUAUCAGGUGACUCAGAUGAUGCAGCUCCAUUAGCAUCUCUCCUCUCCUCCACUCCUCCACAGAUCUCUCCAGCUUUGAAAGAAGCUUCUCCCACUCCUCCGUCCUCUCCCUCCAUCCACUCGUCCCUCUGCGGUUCCCCUGGGAGUGGACAGGGGGAGCUGAUGGGGCUGCAGGUGGAUUACUGGGUCGCACCGUCAGAAAAGAAGAGAGACGUGGAGAAAAGAGAUACAGUCACUAAAAACACGCUCAAGUGCACCUUCCGCUCACUUCAGGUUAGCCGCCUCCCACUGUGUGGAGCAGACGCGGGGCCAACCAUGUCCAUGAAUGUUGUCACCAAGGAGAAAAACAAGAAAGUGAUGUUUCUACCAAAGAAAACAAAAGAUAAAGAUGUGGAGUCAAAGAGUCAGGUGAUUGAAGGAAUCAGCCGAUUGAUCUGCACUGCCAAACACCAGCAGACCAUGCUGAAAGUGUCUGUAGAUGGCGUGGAUUGGAGCGAUGUGAAGUUCUUCCAGCUCGCUGCUCAGUGGUCAUCUCAUGUUAAGCACUUUCCCCUUGCCAUCUUCGGACACACCAAAGGACCCUACUGAGCUUUGACCUUUUGUGCCAGCUUCCUUUACCCUGCUCCUAGACCCCACCCCACUCCAUCCUUUAAACUCUCCUGUGUUUUUAAGCCUAACUGAAGACUAAUGAACUGAUCGACUGAUCAUGUGGAUUGAUUAACUGGCUAACUGACACCUGUCCCAGUGUCCAGGAAUAUGCCAGGGUGUGAUCUGCGAUGGCAGGAUGACAGAAACGUCACUCACUUUUAUUUUACUGGACAGGUUUAUCACUUCUCUCCUUCUGUUUGUGUGGCUGCUAAACAUCAGGCUUCACUCCAGUAACACACACAAUGAUGCACUUUUCAAUCCUGAUUCGAUUCAUUUGAAUUGCUCAUGCACGUGAAUCGAACUUUGUCACAUUUUACUUGAUUCACAUGAUUUCAUGAUUCAGCUUAUUUAAGUGAAUCAUGCUUUGUGAUAUUUGAUUCAUUUGAUUGACAUGACUCACUUUUGAUUUUUUCGAAACAAGCCAUUGAAACGAAUUGAACUGGGUUAUGAUUCACUUUAUAUUUUAUUGUGUUUAAGUGAUCAUUAAUGUCUCUUUUCUGCGUUUGCUCUAGUCUACUGUCUGUUCUCACUGUGUGUGUGUCUGUGUGAAUGUUGAAGGGUAAAGCACUUUUUAUGUGUUAAUUUAAGAACAGCUUCCUGGCUCUUAGACUCUCACAUGCCUGUUCGCAUUAAAGCCAUAAAACAUGGACACUAGUGAUAAAUAUUUAGUUUAAUAUUGUUUUAUGUAUUUAUUUAUUUUUAUCAGCAGUGUUUGACCUGCAGCACAGGUUGUGUGUAUUUAUUAAUGAUGUUUCAGAUGAAGUGUGUAAGCAAACAGAGAGCUUUCAAACACACACACACACACAUGUUAAAGAUGCACUAUAAGAGGCUUGUAGCACAAUUAUAAACCCCUUAUGAAGUGCAUAUGAAGAGCACUGUUACAGCAUCAUUACUGUCAGUAUUUCUGCUCUUUUUUAUCAUUAAAUUAUUAAUGAGUUUGUUCGGUUUAAAUACUCCUUUUAUUCCAAUGAGCAGUGUAAAGAUAUGACCCUUGCUGAGGGAAAAAAAAUAACAUUUCCUUCCAUUACAUUACAAAAUCUUGUGUGUUUAUUUUAUUCUUAAACACCACCGGACCUCAGUGAGAACAGAUGGAACCUUUAUGAGCAGAUGACCACCAGAUAAACCAUCAGGAACCAUUAGGUUCUACACCACAUUCUAUUAGACGACAGUUACAGCCCAGCAGUACCCCAUUAGAACCCAUUAGAACAUGCUGGAAGUGUGUGAUGUUUUAGUGGUGAGACGUCCGGCUAACGAGGAGGGACAAUGCUCUAGAAGGUCGUGCAGAAUCACACAAAAUACACUCAGAGACAGUGUUUAAAAAAAAAACUGAAAAGUGAAAGCUCUCUCAUGGUCAGUCAGGAUAUUAGCUAGUUUAGCGUACUACAAGGUCACCCAGCAAUAAGGAAUUGUGCUGUAGCGCUCUGGAUGUCUGAAUAAACUGAAGAACCAGGAAACACUGAGUGUGUGUGUGUGUGUGUGUGUGUGUGUGUGUGUGUGUGUGUGUGUGUGUGUGUGUGGAGCUGCAGGACUUUGGCAUUCUUUUCACCUCAUAAAUGCUCCAUAAAGAUGUGUGUUCCAGUUUCUACAGCAGGAAGGACAGAUGGGACAUUAUCUGGUCAAUGUUUGUAAAAGUUAAGAAAAAAAAACAGUUUAAAAUACUACCACUGUGUUUCCUGAACUGGGAAAAAUAAUAAACUACACACACUAA